AUGAUAGAAGACUACGAUAAAUCUACUGAGUUAGUGACAGAUAAUAAUUUUUUAAAACAUACUAUUAGAUGGGAUAGUUUGUUUUUUAUGGAAAUAAUGGAAAAUGAUUACAGAUACUUUAAAAAUCACGCCUUUGGAUAUGGAAUAGUAUUACUUGGUAAACUAUUUUCAAAUUCUUUAAUAUGCUUAUUAAUUUUACAAAAAAUAUGCAAUGCAAUUUCAACAGAGUUAAUUUAUAGGAUUAGUAUGCAUUAUUCAAAUAAUAAUCAAAAAUUCUCAUUUUUGUCAGCUUUAUUAUUUAUUUUUACACCUGCAUCUGUAUUUUUUAACUCAUUAUAUACAGAAGCAUAUUUUGCAUUUUUAGUGUUACUUGGAAUAUAUUUACAAAUCAAACAAAAACCUUAUUUAAGUUCAUUUGCUUUUGCAUUAUCAGUUCAUCUACGAUCUAAUGGUAUGUUUUUCAUUCUUUUUUCUGGUUAUCCUUAUUUAGUUAAGGCCAUAAUAUAAGUUAAAGAUAAGAAAUUUAAAUAAGUGAUUGCAACUAUUUUAGAGGCAAUUCCUAUUGCAAUCAUUUAUUUGAUAAGUAUUUCGAUAAUGCUAUAUUUGCCAUAUAAGAAUUAUUGUUAAUUUAAUGAAAUGGAAUGGUGCAAAGGUAUAAUACCAUAUGCAUAUGGAUAUAUAUAAGUAUUAAAUAUUUAUAAAUAAUUAGAAAAACUUUUGGGAUGUAAGUUUAUUAUCAUCAUAUAAAAUAAGGAAGUUAUUUUUUUUAUUUUGGGGAAUGUAGGGUAUUUUAAUUUAAGGUUUUUGGUUAUACAAAUGGAUAACUAAAUCAUGUACAAUAAAGAAUGAUAUUCCAGGAAUUUCUAUAAUGUUGCCAACAAUAAUGUUAUUCAUAAUAUCUACUUUGAUAGCUCAUAUUAAUUGUAGUACUAGAUUCUUCAGUACUUAAAUUCCUUUUUAUUGGUGUUUGGCUGAUCUUAUAUAUAAAAAGAAUGGUAAAUUUAAUAAGUGGGUAUUAUUUUAUAUAUUGGAAUUCAAUUUAGGAGGGUUGAUUCUUUUUACAAAUUAUUUGCUUUGGGCUUGA